AUGGCUUCUAAAAAGUCUAAAACAGCUCCUACUGAUGAAGAGCUCCUGGCUCAAUUCGAAGAUCUAGGGACCGAAGGCCCUGCUCCCAAAUUGACCAAAACAUCCACAUCUAAAGCUUCCGGAAAGCAUACAUCAGCAACAGCGCAAUCAGAGCAGGACCUCCUUGCAGAACUUGGAAAUCUUGCUACCCAAAGACCUUCUAGUCGCCCCUCAACACCCUCCCUUAAGUCCACAACCGCAGCUGGUACAGGCGCCAGAUCGCCUAAACGAUCAGCUAUCCCAACCCCGACGCCAGGAGGAAGACCGAGCGAAGAGAGGUCCGCCUCAGGUGCUCAGCCUCGGAAGUCUGGGGAAAGCACACGAUCGUUUCAUCAAAGUUUCACACCCGCUACAACUGAGGAGUCCCCCGAGCCAGAAUCUAAGCCAGCGCCGGCGGCGUCAAUUGGGGGAGGAUGGUGGGGAGGCCUUCUGUCCACUGCUACUGCAGCAGUUAGUCAGGCACAAGCUGCCGUCAAGGAGAUACAGAAGAACGAAGAGGCUCAAAGAUGGGCUGAGCAGAUGAAAGGCAAUGUGGGAGCUUUAAAGGGGUUGGGAGGAGAUUUACGCUCUUUAGCGUUGCCGACCUUUCAAAACAUCCUUCAAACAAUCGCUCCUCCGAUCUCCUCACACGAACGACUACAAAUCCACAUUACCCACGAUCUCUCGGGAUAUCCGACCCUAGAUCCUCUCAUCUACUCUGUUUUCAGCCGUGUCAUGUCACAAGUCGAAGGAGGUGAUCUGAUGGUAGUACAGAAAGGCAAGGAGGCGUCGCCGCGCCGCGAGAGUGAACAUGGAAUCUCCGGCAAGCCUGUAGGUGGUUGGAAUGAUGGACCAUGGUGGCGGUCCACCGAUAAAAGAAGUAUCAACGCAGUCAGAGGUGUUGUGGAAGGCAGUAAGCUGGCAAGAGCAAGCGCAGAAUCAUAUUCCGCCGAGCAUUUUGCGUCGAGGGGUGGAGUGGAAGAAGCGGCCAAGCAAGCUACAGAGACAUUGUCAGAGAGCAAUCCAACACGGAACAGCGACAUAUUCCUGGCGAUACAAGCCAUCAAUCAGCCAGUGCCAAAGGACUUAUUUGCGGCUGGACCUCCGUCGGAGGAGGGGUCCAGUGCGGUCCAGGAGGCCGAAGAAACAAAAAGCACCGACGAAAUCAUCUUCGCAAUAUACUUGCACGACCCAAUCCAUGGGAUUGUAUUCCACGCUCUCUCACAGUGUGUUCCUGGUCAGUGGAUUGACUGGCUUGAUGCGUCCAGCCCGGCAGAUGGCGUUCUUCCAGAAUCAAUCGCCGAGAUAAUUGAAAGUGGUGGUGUUGACCCAAGGGAAUGGGUGGCAGAAUGGAUUGAAGAGACCCUGUCACUUGCUGUGGGGAUUGUGGCCCAGAGAUAUGUGGCAAGAAGGAUGGGUGUUGGGGAAGGCGGUGUGAGAAAGGGAAAGAUGAAGGCGGAUAAGGGAGCCGGAGAAACCCUCGAGGGUGGUGGUGGAGAAGCUGCUAGAGCUAUUGGUGGGAUGUGA